AUGCCCUUAUUUGUUCCUGGUCGUUGUGCUGAAAACGAGCUGUUAUACCCUGCUGAAGCUAAUGAUGAAUGGAUAUGUGACUGUGGACCAGGAUUUAUCUACCAUUCCGAGAAAGAUACCUGUUUUGCAGCUCUCAGGCAAGGCCCCUGCAACAUAGGACAACAUCUAAUUUUAAAAUCAUCCCAAAGCGUGCCAGAAUGUGCCCAGAAUCCAUGUCAAGACGGAUUCGCAAGGUAUGAAGAUAAAUGUUACGAAUUGGGAACUCCAAAUGGUCCAUGUUUACCUAUUCUUCAAGGUGGUGGCAUUUUCGAUGUUAACGUUUCAACAUUGCGAGCAGAAUGUUUGAAAGGAACAGAUCCUUUGUCACUAUUCAGUUUGCCCUCUAGAUGUACACCUGGGAGUAGGAGGGAUAGAAACGGGAAUUGUAGAGUAAUAUAUGAUUAG